AUGACGAAUGCAAAACAUAGCAAGGGAGGAAUCAAUGUUGCUGAGAAAGAUUCUUCCAUUGAGUUUUGGCAUAAGAGACUCGGUCAUUUGAGCGAGAAGGGGCUGCAAAUAUUGUCCAAGAAACAACUCUUGCCCGGAGCUAAAGGUACUCUUCUUAAAAAUUGUGUUCAUUGCUUAGCCGGAAAAACUCAUAGAGUUGCAUUUCAUAGAUUUCCACCUUCUAGAAGGAGUAAGGUACUUGAUCUAAUUCACACCGAUGUUUGUUUUAUGCGAGAUAAAACUCUUGGUGGUGCAAGCUAUUAUGUUACCUUCAUCGAUGAUCACUCAAGGAAGGUGUGGACAUAUGCUUUGAAAACGAAGGAUCAAGUGCUAGAUGUUUUCAAGCAAUUUCAUGCUGAAGUGGAAAGGGAAACCAGCCUGAAGUUGAAGUGUGUAAGGGCUGAUAACGGGGGAGAGUAUAGAGGUCCAUUCGAAAGCUACUGCAGAUUGCACGGAAUUAAACUGCAGAAAAGUGUACCCAAGACUCCACAACAAAACAGUGUCGCCGAGAGGAUGAAUAGAACAAUUUGUGAGAGAAUCAAGUGUAUGCUCUCACAUGCCAAGCUACCUAAAUCAUUUUGGGGAGAAGCAAUGCGGACAACGGUUGAUCUAAUCAAUCUCUCACCAUCGGUCCCAUUGGAGGGUGAUGUGCCUCAACGAGUAUGGACGGGAACGGAAGUCUCAUAUGAACACUUGCGAGUGUUCGGUUGCAAAGCCUAUGUUCAUGUUCCAAAAGAUGAGAGAGCAAAGCUUGAUGACAAAGCAAAGCCAUGUAUAUUCAUGGGCUAUGGGCGUGAAGAGUUUGGGUACAAAUUAUGGGAUCCAAUUGCAAGGAAAAUUGUUCGGAGCCGGGAUGUGAUUUUUCUUGAAGAUGAAACAAGUGAAGACGUCGAAAGGGUUGAAAAGAAGAAAAAUACAGCAGCUGAUCCGGUUAAUUUGGAGCCUAUAUCUCCAUCCCAAAUGCAUGAAAAUGUUGAGGAAGUAGUGCAUGAUGAGCCCCAAGGUGCACUAGAUCAAGAAGUGCAAGGAGAAGAGCAAUUGGAGCAAGAAGAACAAGUUGAAGAAGAGCAUCCUCUAUCCGAACCAAGAAAGUCAACAAGAGAUCGCAAAGCUUCCACUUGGUACUCCCCUCAUGAGUACCUAUUGUUGACUGACGGGGGAGAACCCGAAUAUUAUCAAGAAGCCAUGUCUCAUGAAGACAAGGAGGAGUGGAACAAAGCAAUGCAAGAAGAGAUGGAGUCUUUGCAAGAGAAUCACACCUAUGAUUUGGUGAAACUACCCAAAGGAAAAAAUAUCACUUAA